AUGGCACGGCCGGUUAAGAGGCAAGCAGUAGGAGUAGUAGCGGAUGACAUUGAUGAGAAACACCUUUUGGCUUUCAUUGUGAAGGAGAAAUACAGUAAUGAUGAUAAAUGCAAAGAAGAACUCGAGAAAUAUUGUGAAGAGUUGAAGAAAGCAGAUGGUUUGAAAGUAAAUGAUAAAGUUAAAGGACUUUGUGAAGAGAACGAUAAAAAAAAAAAAUGCAAAGACCUGAAAGUUGAAGAUGAAUUGGUAAAUUUUGAUACGGAACUUGAAGGAGCAUUGCCAGAUGACAUACAAGAUGAAAAUUGUAAAAAAUAUGAAGAAAAAUGUAUACUUUUAGAGGAAGCAGACCCAGCUAAUCUUAAGGAGAACUGUGUCGAGUUGAGGGAAGGAUGUUACAAAUUGAAGCGUGAAAAGGUGGCAGAGGAGCUCCUUUUGAGGGCGCUCGGAAAGGAAGCUAAAGAAAAAAACACAUGUGAACUAAAGAUGAAAACUGUUUGCCCAGUGUUAAGCCGAGAAAGCGACGAAUUGAUGUUUUUCUGCCUUGAUCCGACUAAAACAUGUGGAGAUCUGAAAGGGAAAUUGGAUACUGUUUGCAAACCUUUAAAAGAAGAGCUUAAAGAUGGCGAAUUAGACGGAAAGUGUUAUGAAAAACUUGAAAAAUGUCAUUUUUAUGGAGAAGCGUGUGAUGGUGCGAAAUGUAAGGAGGAUAAGACGAAAUGCGAGGGAAAAGGAUUCACAUAUAAAGCGCCAGAAUCUGAUUUUAGUCCGGUGAAACCAAAGGCGUCGUUGUUAAGAAGUAUUGGGUUGGAUGAUGUCUAUAAAAAAGCUGAAAAAGAAGGAAUUAUUAUUGGAAAAUCAGGAGUGGAUCUACCAAGGAAGUCAGGUACAAAAUUUCUGCAAGAUCUCUUGCUAGUCUUGAGCAGAGAUGAGGAUAAGAAGGAACCAGAUAAAAAGUGCACUAAAGCGUUAGAAAAAUGUGAUGCUUCUAAGUAUUUGAAUACUGAAUUGGAAAAGUUAUGUAAAGAUGGAAACAAAAACGAAAAAUGCAAAAAAAUAUUAGAUGUAAAAGAAAGAUGUACAAAUCUCAAAUUAAAACUUUAUCUGAAAGGAUUGUCUACGGAAUAUGAUGAUCAAGAAUCAGAUCCUUUAUCGUGGGGACAGCUGCCAACUUUUUUUAUAAAAGGAGAGUGUGCAGAACUUGAGUCGGAAUGUUUCUAUUUAGAAAAGGCGUGUAAAGAUAAUAAUAUUGAUAAAGCGUGCCAAAAUGCAAGAGCAGCGUGCUAUAAAAAGGGACAAGACAGGAUGUUGAAUAAGUUCUUUCAAAAGGAAUUGAAGGGAAAGCUUGGUCAUGUAAGAUUUUAUAGCGAUCCUAAAGAUUGUAAAAAAUAUGUGGUAGAAAACUGUACAAAACUUGAUAAAAAAUAUCUUCCACGAUGUCUUUAUCCUAAAGAACUAUGUUAUGGGCUUUCAAAUGAUAUUUUUCUUCAAUCCAAAGAGUUAAGUGCGCUUUUGGAUGAUCAAAGGGAUUUUCCAUUAAAAAAGGAUUGUGUUGAGUUGAAGGAGAAGUGUGAUGAACUUAGUAGUGAUUCAUUAUUGAAUUUAGAAAAGUGUAUAACAUUGAAAAGACGUUGUGAAUACUUUAGAGUUUCAGAGGGAUUUAGAAAUGUAUUUUUAGAAAAAAAGGAUGAUUCGUUAAUGACUCAGGAUAACUGUACAAAGGCAUUGCAUGAGAAAUGCCAUCAAUUAUAUAGGAGGAGAAAGAAUUCAUUUAGUGUUUCAUGUGCUUUACCAGAAGAAACAUGUAGUUAUAUGGUAUUCCAUACAAGUCAAGAUUGUAGUAGUUUAAAAGUCAACAUCAAGAAUGAAAAAAUUCUAGAAAAAAUUGGAGAAGAAAUUAAAAAAGCAAAUAAAAAUGAAGCCUUGGUUGAAGAACUCUGCACAACAUGGGGCCGACAUUGUCACCAACUUAUGGAGAAUUGUCCGGAUGACUUGAAAAAAAAAGAGAAUGGCAAUGGCAAUGAUCAUAACUGCGAAGCACUCCAAGAAAAAUGCAAUAAAACCUUUGAAAAGUUGAAAUUAGAGGAGGAGCUGAGUCAUCUGUUGAAAGGCAGUUUAAAGGAUGAUAAAUGUAAAGAAGCAUUAGGAAAGCGUUGCACUGAGUUGGAAAAGAAUGAAGCAUUCAAAACUCUGUAUGGUAAAUGUGAUGAUAAUACCAAGGAAAAUGUUUGCAAAAAAUUAGUUGAUAAAGUAAAAAAGAGAUGCCCUACUUUAAAAGACGAACUGGAGAAUGCGAAAAAAGAGUUGACAAAGAUGAAGAAUGAGUACGAUGAUCUCAAAAAGGCGGCAGAAAAAUCUACGGAGGCAGCUAAGUUAUUGCUAUCAAGACCUAGACAAACUGUAAUGCCAAAUGCGCAGAAUGGCAGUGAUUCUACACUAGUACCACCACCACCACAAGCACCAGCAGGGCCACCACCACCAGGGUCACCACCACCACCACCAUCACAAAAUGGAACGCCAGGCACACCAGGUGGAGAAACAGGCGCAUCAGGUGGAACACCAGGCACACCAGGCACACCAGGCACACCAGGCACACCAGGUGGAAUGAUGAAGUAUGCAAAACUUGGACUCGUUAAAAGAACGUAUGUAGAUGGAGGUGUAUCAGAAGUAGAGGUCAAAGCAUUUGAUGCAACGACGAUAGCAUUGGAAUUGUAUUUGGAAUUGAAAGAAGAAUGUAAAGCUUUAGAAUUAGAUUGCGGUUUUAAAGAGGAUUGUCCAGAUACUAAACAAGCUUGCGAAAAUAUAGACACUUUAUGUAAACUGGAACCAUUAGAAAUUAAGCCUCAUCAUACAGAGAAAAUAACAGAAACAAAGACGGAAACGAAGACGGAAACAAAGACGGAAACAAAGACUGAUGGCAAGGCUGAUGAAAAGACCGUUGAGAAGACUGUUACAGAAACCAAGUCAGUAGGUGGAGGAAAAGUAACAGAAGAGUGUACAAUGAUACAAACAACAGAUACAUGGGUGACGAGUACGUCAUUGCAUACGAGUACGACAACGAGUACGUCAACGGUGACGUCGACAGUGACGUUGACUUCGAUGCGCAAGUGCAAGCCUACCAAAUGUACCACCGAUUCAAGCAAAGAGACACAGAAAGAAGAAGAUGAUGAAGAAGUGAAACCGAAUGAGGGAAUGAAAAUAAGAGUUCCUGAUAUGAUUAAAAUAAUGUUGUUGGGAGUGAUUGUUAUGGGGAUGAUGUAA